CACACUUUCCUUAUUUAUACGCAUUGGAUCUGGAAUAUGGAGUUAUAGCAUCAGGAAUAGGAAUACCACACUGUGAAGUCGGUCUUAACUGGGACGGUUACAAACUGAGUCAAAUUAAUCGCUCACUUUACCUACCGUCAAGGUAUUGACAGUGAGACCAUUUCAAAAGAGGAGAGGAACAGGAUAGUAACUGCGGUCUGAAGCCAUGGCAACCAGUAAGCCAAAGGGGCAGAACUCACUUGCUCUUCACAAAGUGAUCAUGGUGGGGAGUGGCGGUGUGGGCAAGUCAGCUCUUACACUCCAAUUUAUGUAUGACGAGUUUGUAGAAGACUAUGAGCCUACCAAGGCGGACAGCUACAGGAAGAAAGUGGUUCUUGAUGGGGAGGAAGUCCAAAUUGAUAUCCUGGAUACGGCUGGACAGGAGGAUUAUGCUGCUAUCCGAGAUAACUACUUCCGCAGUGGCGAGGGUUUUCUCUGUGUAUUUUCUAUCACAGAGCCAGAGUCCUUUGCUUCCACUGCUGAGUUUAGAGAACAGAUCCUACGAGUUAAAGAGGAAGAAAAUGUUCCCUUUCUUCUUGUUGGCAACAAGUCUGAUCUGGAAGACCGGCGGCAGGUGGGCGUGGAAGAGGCCAAAGCUCGAGCGGAGCAAUGGGGAGUCAGCUAUGUUGAGACUUCCGCCAAAACCCGUGCCAACGUCGAUAAGGUGUUCUUUGAUCUAAUGCGAGAAAUCAGAGCAAGAAAAAUGGAGGACAGCAAAGAGAAAAACGGGAAGAAGAAGCAGAAAAGUUUGGCCAAAAGAAUUCGAGAGAGAUGUUGCAUUUUGUAGUGACUGGGCCAGACUACACUACGCUGCUUUCCGCUUUCUAACAAUUCAUCUGGUCUCAUCACUCCCUAUGGACAACCAAGGCCAUCACUGAACUGUUUGAGCCUUUUGUGCCAUCAGACAGAUUGGAAGUACAAGGUGCGGCAUCAGGUAGACAUACGCUUAAGCAAACAGUGGGAUAACAAAAUGAACAUUUAAUAACAAAAAAAAAAAAAUGGAUCAAAUCUCAAGACAUCAAAAGGGUUUCUUAGCUGUAAAAUAUUUUCAGGUUGGCAUUGACAGUAGAAGCACUAAAUCACGUGGAUUAUCUUAUCCAAGUGACCUGGUGACCAUAGCACUACGAUUAGCUUCCUUUCACUGAUAAAUUCAUAAAUCUCUCUAUGAUCAGAUCUAA